AUGCCGAAAAAUCGAAAAAGAAAUGGGGAGUUAGUGGACGGCUGGUUUAUGAGAAAGAAAAAGAAUAUUCCCUCGUUGAAUGAGUCGAUAUUCUAUUGUAUCGAAAGAAGCACGAAAUAUCAGUGUCCUGCCGCUUACGGAGUUUCUAACACUACGAGGGCGGUUCGCUUAAUUCGGCCGCAUAUUAACCAUGAAAAGGAUAAAUUGGCGAACAAUGUAAAUCUGGGUCGUCAGCAUUUAAAAGAAAAUGCAAAUUCUGGAACUGUUCGCGAAGUCAUUGAUGAUAUGAGAUUUACAUUUGGAACCGAUACUUCUAUGAUGAUGGGCGAUUAUAACGCCAAAAGACGACUUGUUCAUUAUGAGAAAUCACAAUCGAAUUCCGAGAAAAAUUGA